AUGAUGUUGCGGACUACAGCAAGAGUUUGGCGUCGAGCCUGCACCCGCUCGUACGCGACAGUUACCCAGCCCCAUGCUCUGGUCUUUCUUGAGCAACGCCAGGGCGUUCUCGAGCCUGGUUCUCUCUCGGCAGUGACCGCUGCAGGCCAAUUGGGUGGUCAGGUCUCCGCAUUGAUUGUUGGCGACAAAGCUCAUGUCGCAAGCGCAGUCGAGGAGGCGAAGAAGUUGAAGGGUGUCAACAAUAUCUUGCACUCUGCAGCCCCAGAGUAUGCCGAGCCUGUUACCGAAACGCUUUCGCCUCUCCUCAAGACUCUUAUCUCGUCGUCUGCAUUUACCCACGUCGUUUCUGCGACCUCUUCCUCAGGAAAAUCUUUGCUUCCCCGCGUUUCUGCUCAAUUCGACGCGCCGACGGUGUCCGACGUGACCACCGUAGCCCACGAUGCUUCAACAAAUAGCACCACUUUCACCCGACCCAUCUAUGCCGGAAAUGCUAUUGCAACUGUCGAAGCCCCCGCGUCGAUACCCGUCAAGUUCUUUACAGUCCGUGGAACCGCCUUUGCACCGGCAACUUCGGAUGGUUCUUCAAACCCCGGUGUCGAGACCGUCAACCCUGUCCCUGGAGAGGGUGUGUCCGAACACUUGAAGACCAUUGUCGUCAAGUCGGAUCGCCCUGACCUCGGAGUCGCUACCCGCGUCGUUUCUGGAGGACGUGCACUCAAGGACGCGAAGACCUUCGAGGAGACUAUGUAUCCCCUCGCAGACGUUUUGGGAGCUGCUGUUGGUGCUUCCCGUGCAGCCGUCGAUGCAGGGUACGCGGACAACUCGCUCCAGGUUGGACAAACCGGUAAAGUUGUUGCCCCACAACUUUACAUGGCUUUGGGCAUCUCCGGCGCAAUUCAACAUCUUGCUGGAAUGAAGGACUCGAAGCUCAUCGUCGCUAUCAACAAGGAUCCUGACGCUCCCAUCUUCCAAGUCGCAGAUGUUGGCCUUGUUGGAGACCUCUUCGAGGCAGUCCCGAAACUUAUCGAGGAGCUCAAGAAGGAUUGAUUUGUAUCUAAAAGUACACGGUGCUAUUGAACUCCUUCACAAACCGCUCUCCCAAUUCAGUUCGUCGCCACAAGCGCCAUCAGGCUGAAGCCCAAGUUCCCAUCCCCUUGUUUGAUAUAGUUUUUCACGAGCUCGAUACCCGCGGCGGACAAGAGAUCUUCGCUCUCUUGCACGACACCCGUGUCAAUGGGCCCUUUGACGGUUCCAUUCAGCUCAUAGAUGUGAUUGUUCUUGGGCGAGCGGGCGAAGCAGAUAUAGUGGAAGUCGUCUACAUCAUCUUCCGCCGCGGGUGCUUCUGA